GAUUUUGUCAAGUUGCAUAGUUUGAGUUUGUCAAGUUACAGAUUCGUGUUAUUGCUGCUCGAAAAUACCAGUUACAGUAUACGUGUAUUAAAUUGAAAUUAACCAGUAGUUAAUAUAACCAUAUUCAGUAAGUUUUUUUCUGAAAUAGAAUGAAUAGUCUACCAUCUAGUCGUUUCUGAUACCAAAUGUUCACUGUCAAACCCUUCAUUACAAUAUAACUUUGGCGGUUACUCUUCAUGAAAUGCCAUGUAAGCUUAUCAGCGGGAUGCUCUUUCUUGGGGGAGAGAUCUCUCUGUCCCUCACACUGCCAUGUGUCAGUAAAGCUAUUUAGAUCGUGAGAGAAUAAAUUCAACACAUGAUCCAAGUUUAUGAAUAUUGUUAUACUAUAACUAUUACGGGAACUGGACUGUUAGCAGUAUUAAUGAUUUAUUUAAGAUAAAAUUUAAGGUGAUUUUGCAGUACUGAAAGUAGUGAAUUCUGUUCUGUUUUUGGUUUUAGGAUUACAUAUUUGCAUUCAUGUUGUUUGUUGGUGAAGGUGUCCAAAGAAUUAUGAUUGGAUUUGAAUAACAGUAUAAGCAUGAUUGAAACUUGGUAUCAUAUUUGCAGUUUUAGUUCAGUUUUGUUAUAUCCUUAAACAUGUACAGUUCUGAGUGAACCAUUCACCCCUUUGAGAUGCCAACUCAGCCUAUCUUUAACGCUAGACAAUUUCAUAACUGGCAUUUCAGGGAGGAUCCGGUGUCUGGCUCUCUCUCCACAGGCAGCUGGAGAGCCAUGGUGAAAGGACACUCUAUGGGUGUCAGAGCCUGCAGCUUAGUCUCAUAUUGGGUUUAUGCUUGAAUUUGUAUUCCAUAGCACGGUAGCCUCGGAUAACCUUUGACCCCAGAAUGACCAGAGAAGAUGAGAUCCCUGAUUGGGUAGGGGCCCAGGAGUUCUAUGAGAAGUAUGAACCUAAGGAGAUCCUUGGAAGAGGCGUCAGCAGCGUAGUACGGCGCUGCGUGGACAAACGGACCGGCCAGGAGUAUGCUGUCAAGAUCAUAGACAUCACCCCAUCUGACAAAAUGACUCCUCAGGAGAUUGAGGAGAUCCGGGAGGCCACCGUAAAGGAGAUCGACAUUCUGAGGAAGGUCUACGGCAAGGAGAACAUCAUACAGCUGAAGGACUGCUACGAGACCAAGGCCUUCUUCUUCUUGGUGUUUGACUUGAUGAGAAGAGGAGAGCUGUUUGACUACCUGACAGAGAAAGUUACACUGAGCGAGAAGGAGACCAGGAAGAUUAUGCGUGCCCUGCUGGAGGUGGUCCAGUUCCUCCACUCCAUAAACAUCGUCCACAGAGACCUGAAGCCCGAGAACAUCCUGCUGGACGACCACAUGAACAUCAAGCUGACGGACUUUGGCUUCUCCGUGCAGAUGGAUCAGGGGCAGAAGCUCAACGAGGUCUGUGGGACACCCGGAUAUUUGGCACCUGAAAUAAUUGAGUGCUCUAUGGACCCUAACCACCCUGGAUAUGGGACCGCCGUCGACUUGUGGAGCUGUGGAGUCAUCAUGUACACUCUCCUGGCCGGUUCCCCUCCGUUCUGGCACCGCAAACAGAUGUUAAUGCUCCGGAUGAUUCUGGCCGGGAACUACCAGUUCACCUCCCCAGAGUGGGACGACCGCUCGGAUACGGUCAAAGACCUGAUCUCCCGGCUGCUGGUCGUGAACCCCGAGAAACGUUACACGGCCUCCGAAGCCCUGAACCACCCCUUCUUCCAGCAGUACACAGUAGAGGAAGUGCGUCACUUCAGUCCCUACAGGAAGUUUAAGGUCAUCUGCUUAACCGUACUCGCCUCCAUGCGUAUUUACUGCAACUACCGACGCGCCAAGCCCGUCACCAAGGAGGUGAUCAAGAGCGACCCAUACGCCGUGAAGCCCAUCCGCAAGCUGAUCGAUGCCUGUGCCUUCAAGAUCUACGGCCACUGGGUGAAGAAAGGGCAGACGCAGAACCGGGCGGCCCUGUUCGAGAACAGCCCCAAGGCCAUCCUGCUCUCCCUCGCGGGGGAGGAUGUGAUGCUCAGCAUGUGGUAGCAUCACGCUGUGGCUCCAGGGGAGGGAGGGGGAAACGACAAACCUGAAAACUUAUGAAUGGGAGAUGAGCAGCGUUACUAGUUGUUUAACCUUUUUGGUUUUACCGUAUGGUUUGGUUCUUUAGUUUGUGAAUGCAUGUCUUUGUUUUAAUUUGAUGCUUGUUUAAACUUGAUGCAUUUAACAUGCAUACUUGAAACUGCAUGUACUGCAAUGUAAAAUGCAUUAUUUAUUAUUUGCUGAGGCUUGAGUGUGUUUGGUUUUAGUACACAUUUAAAAUGCUAUUGUAUCAAUAGUACCUUAAUAUUUUACUACUCUGGUGGAAUAGCUAUCAAUUAAAGAACAUUUGUUAAUACCCAUCUGAAA